AUGGUGGACUUUUACACUGGAGUGAAUGUUUAUAACUUAAAUAUUGAUAUUGAUACAAUUUUCGAUAUUGAAGAAGAUGAGGGGUCUGAUAUGGAUAUUAGUGAUCAGGAGCUUGAUGAUACCCUAAAUAUGAUUAUGAAUGCAACAGAUGGCGUUGGAGAAGAAUAG